UGUCUCGUUCGAAAAAAGCAAAAAUUUUAUGUAAUCAGAAGCAAAAUUGAGCAAUAACCAGUGUUACUCACAUUCCAAAUCCCUCAAUAACUGUAAAAAAGUGCAAAUUUCGUGUAAUUUUCCUCGGAUAAAUGUGAAAAUUGGUCCAAAUUUCUAUGUAGGUCGUGUGUGUGCGUGUAUGUCACAAGGAACGAUAAUAAAAAUUAAAUGAAAAAAGUGGAAAAUUGAAAACUCAUCGUACACACGUAACGCUAAUUGGAGGUAAUGGCACACGAAAUUGUGAGUGAUUGGUUGCAAGAGUACUCAAAGUUGGAAAAAGAUGAGCUAAAGUCGUUCGCUGCCAACCACGAAAACGAUCAUGAACUCAGCUCGGCCCUUUUUACGAUUCUCAGCGAACGAAGCAAGUAUCCCGACUUGAUUCAUGCGAUUUGCAAUCAAUUGCAUAGCUUUUAUCGAUCACAUUUGCCUGAGUUACGGCGUGUCGCCUUGCAAUUCGUGCCGAAUUUCAUCUACAUUUAUUUGGCGGCGAUCGCGCAAGGCGAACGAAAAAGCACGAGAAGUAUCGAGACGCUGCUCAUCAGCAUUUACAACUACGAGAUCAGCAACGAAGAUGGGCAACCGAAAGUUGUGUCGUUCCGGAUGCCCGUGUUGGCGCAACCGUCGAUGUAUCACGAGGAAAAAACCUUGCAUGCCACAGAUCUGAAGCGAUGGGAGGUCUAUAGCAAUAAGGAUGUGACUUGGGGUCCGCAUCAACCCAUUGAAUCGUUAAACGCUCAAAAUAGGCCGAAAGUGAUGACGGCACUGAUGUUCGUGUACAACCAGCAACUCAGUCAGAUACAAAAAGUCGCGUUAUAUCACUUGUGCAAAGUCAGUUCGGCGAUGGUGAAUCAGGGAUUCGCGCAAGUAGGUCAUGCGCAUCGCCCGUCGUACGGAAAUGACCCGUCUUCGGUGACUCUGAAGCCCCCGCCACGCAUUCCAAUGUCAUCGAAGCUCCUGCUGGAGUUGCUGCAUGCCACGUACUUUGCCAUGUUCAAUGAAUUUGCAUCAGCUGCCAUCCAAACGGUCGACGACAUUCACAAUCGGGCGUGUUUCGAGAUGUUUUCCGAUGUAAUUCUCGUCACGAGCGCCAUUCGCAACUUUUUGAGGACAAAUCCGUCGGGACAACCCUCCGACGGGCCCAUGGGCAUUUCGGUAGCAUUAUCGCCUGCGACAACUUCCGUCGUCAUGUCGAAAUCCAUGAUCACAAAUGCUUCUUUCAGAACGAAAAAACUGCCGGACGACAUCCCGAUACAAGCGGAAGACGCCCAAGGUCAUUUGACGAGCAUCAACGAAGAUGGCGAACCGGAUUUACAGAAUAGCAGUCGAAAUAGCACCGCGCGCGCCAGCAAAGACGGCACACGAAUGCAUAAAAUCGGUUUUAGUGGCUUACGGAAGUUGAAAGAUAAGGCGACGGCAGAUAAAAAGGACAAAGACAGCGCCGAUGGCAAACCUGCGGUGAAAAAUGGCGUUCCGCCGGAAGUAGCGCCACGUUCGGAAAUGUCGUUGUCGAAAAAACUCCUCGAAAAGAAAGACAAACUCAUCGGAAAGUCAUCAUCUUUAUCGCAAGCAAGCAUGGAUGUCUCAGAACCGCCAGAGAAAACAAGUAGUAGCCCGCUUGCCCUGCUAAAACGAAAAUCCAGCAGCAUCGAUGUCACAAUAACGACCCAACCAACCGCCGAGAAACCAGAAAUUGCCAAUGGAAAUGCCCCCAACGACAUGCUGAGCCCCACUUAUGAAUUCGGAGACUCCUUUGACUCGGACAGUGAUAUCAAUCAGACGAUCGCAUCCAUGCAGGGCAACGGCGGAGGCGAUAUCAAGUCACAAAAUAUGACAGUGAGUCAAGUUUAGGCAACAAAAAAAAAUUUAAAUGUAUGUAUCUUUAUUGCAAAAAACCAACAACUUCACUAUAGGAACCAAAUUAUAAUCGAUGGUGUUUGUUAAAUCAUUUAAAAGUUUAUGAAAAGUUGUGUCGUGAGAUAAAAAAAAAAUAAUAUAUAUAGAGAAAUAUUUAAACUUAAGGACAAACCGCUGUACUAUUAAUAAUAAUUAUAAAAAAAAACUAAAUUUAAAAAAAUGUGAAGGUUAAAAAAAAGGAGAUGAGAAAAAAAAUAUUUAAGGGGAUUCCACGGAAACUAAGUUUUAAGUUAAAAAAAAAACGGGCAAAGAAUGCACCAAACACGCUUCUUCUUCAGAAAUAUUUCGUCACUGAAAAGACUUACUAACUUAGCUAUAGCAAGGUGUGAACGCAACUUUAAUAAAAAAAAAUCAUAACUACUGAGGCUGAUCAAUUUUCUCUUCUCAAACUAAUUUUUCACUCUAAGGAGUUAAGGUCGAGACAAUUAUGAAAAAUUUUUCACGUUAUUUGAUAUUUUAAGUAAAAUUAAGCAAUUCUUUAAAAAAAAUUUAGAAUUCAAAAUCAUUUCAAAAAUUUUUAACGGCAAAUAUUUGA